GUCUGUGUGCUUCAUACAUAGCAAUACAUUUGCCUCUUCACUUAUUUCUCCUUCCAUAACCAAAACUCUGCAAGAAUGUUCGCUCUGUCUUCGCGCCAGACUGCUCGCUCCGCUUGCAGGGCCUCGUGCCCUUGCGCCUCUUGCCGCGGUGUGGCUUCGGCCCCCGUGCGCGCGACUUACGCUGCUCGCCCGGUCAAGAAGUCCGCUGCCUCCGUGGUGGUGAAGGCUCAGGCUGCGUCGACCGCGGUCGCGCCCGUCGAGAAUGGCGCUGCCCCCGCCGUGGCCCACAAGCGCACCUUCGCUCAGCGCCACUCCGAGCUGAUCAAGCACUUCCCCUCGACCAUGGGCGUUGAUGACUUCAUGGGCCGUGUUGAGGUCGCUCUGGCUGGCUUCGGCUUCACUGGUGACAACACCAUCGCCAUGACCAACCUGUGCCGUGAUGAGGUCACCCAGGUCCUGAAGGACAAGAUUGAGGCCAUCUUCGGCUCCUCGUUCAACACCAACGGUCUGGGCGGUGUCCUGACCUGCGGUGUGACCGGCAUGAAGGCCGGCCUGUCCCACUCGCCCGUGUGCAACGGUGGCCGCGAGCGCUACGUGUUCUUCGCCUUCCCCCACAUUGCCAUCAACUCGGAGGGCGAGAUGGGCGCCCUGUCCCGCCCCGGCCGCCCGAAGCAGUCCUGCGCCUGCGGUGCCCUGCUGGCCAUCCUGAACGCCUUCAAGGUGGACGGCGUUGAGAAGUCCUGCAAGGUGCCCGGCGUGCACGACCCCCUGGACCCCGAGCUGACCAUCCUGCAGCAGCGCCUGGCCCGCCGCGUGCGCUACGAGAAGCUGGACGUGUCCAAGCUGGACCUGCCCGGCCUGACCUCGGUGGCUGAGCGCACCAUCACCGACGACCUGGAGUACCUGAUUGAGAAGGCUGUGGACCCCGCCGUUGCCGACUACGCCGUCAUCACCGGCGUGCAGAUCCACAACUGGGGCAAGGAGCUGUCGGCCUCCGGCGACGCCUCCAUUGAGUUCGUGGCCCCCGCCAAGUGCUACACCGUGGUCAACGGCCUGAAGACCUACAUCGACCUGCCCCAGGUGCCCGCUCUGUCGCCCCGCCAGAUCCAGACCAUGGCCCAGGCCUCGCUCAACGGCUUCGAGCCUAAGCACAUCCAGCCCGGCAUGCGCGGCUCCGUCAUCUCCGAGGUGCCCCUGGAGUACCUGGUCACCAAGCUGGGCGGCUCGCAGCUGAUGGAGGACGGCAACAGCUACGCCCCCGUCUUCGCCUCGUCCGACUCGUUCGAGUGGCCCACUUGGCAGUCGCGCAUCCGCCUGGACAACAACCCCAACCGCCUGCUGUCCGUCGAGCGCGACGCCAAUGCCCCCACCAUGGAGUCGCCCGAGCCCGUGCACCCCUCCUUCGAGGCCCCCAAGAACUAAGCGGCUGCCUCUCCUGGCGUGCUAACAACAUGUCAAUAACAGCUGCUGCUGGUAUGGGGUGGUGAGAGCUAGCUCGAAAGGCCAAGGCUCCGGAGCAAGUGCUGCUGGCGAGCCGAGGCGCGGCGUGUGGGUGUAAUGGGUAUCAUGGGGGCGCGUUCUGCGUCAGCCUUGUAUCAUUUUUGUGAGCGUCGUGGGUGCAUGUGCGAGAGCGGAGUCGGUGGUGGUCUGUGCCACGUGGAGGUGCAUGGGUUUUGAGGUGAGGCAUUGCAUGCAUGCUUGCGAGCCUCGCCGGCGUAUGUCUUGUUGCGCACACCAUGCACCACAUGUGCUCGUCUGUCGGAUAGUGCAGUGUUGGCGUGUGGGGCUGUCUCGUCGAUGCCUGUGCCGCGGUGGUUGCCGUGGCCGUUAUGGGUGCGGCGGUGUCAGCCUUCCCUGCUGCCUGCAUAAGAGCGGAUGUAGCGCGCCGCAGCGGCCGGACUGAGUGCCGUCCUGCAAAUUGAUUUUGAGCGCAGCGUCUGACUAGGACUGCGGACUUCUUUAGACCGUGGCGUCUUUACUGUUCCGACUUUGACCUGAAUGGAUUGUACAUGACUCUGAUGACUGAUGCUGACUACCGCAUAAAUGCUGUAUCCAAACAUUCUCGGAAGCAGCAGGAGGAGCCCGAUGUGGCAAGGGACGAGCGAUGUGAGAUGAAAGCGUGGAGCAGGAGGUGCAGGGGUCCCGAAGCCCCGGUUUAUAAUUCGGAAGCGAACCCAAUUGCUGUAAUGCAGCUCGGAUCUGAUGCAA